UUACAUACAUUAUACGUUCUCUGACACAACUACGAAGCAACAACAAUAGCGUUAAAUGACGGGACGGGACAUAAAACGUAAAAAUUUAGAGGAUUAAAUUUAAUUAAUUUAAAUGAAGUGUGAAUUGUGUUUAACAUGAAAUUAAUUAGAAAAUGCACAUAUAGUUUUAAAGAUCAUAGUAGAUAAAGUGGUUUUGCGGGGGCAUGUGUUCGUGGUUAGACGGAGUGCAAACAUAAAGGCUGUAGUGAAAAACGAAAAAAAAUUCACACAGGAGUGGCAACAUGGAAUGCUGGAGAAGCGAAAAUUAAAUUUAGUGUUAUAAUUUUUCCAGUUUCGGAAGAGAUUUAGUUGAUUUUUUUUUAAAUCAUAUUGCAGAAAUAUUGUUACUUACUGUUGCAUUUUUAUAAUUAGUCAUACAAUAAUCAAAAUAUACUUACAUGUAAAGAGUAGUGAAAAGGCGUGAAAUUUUUCCUGUAAAUUAAAAGUUGUACAAAGGAAAAGGCAACAAAUCAUUAUCAUAAAGUGAAAGCGAAUGAAAAAGGGAAAUCUACGAUUAUUAAAAAAAAAAAUAUGUAAAAAAACGUGUGGUACGUGGAACGUGCAGCUGCUUAGAAGUGGAAGAAAGGAAAAGAAGAAAAGUGGAAGGCGUAUUGUGGCGGGCAGGGCGGUAUAACAGCUGCCACAAACUACUAUAGUAUAACCCCAGAAAAUUAAAGUUUAGCAGUGCUCGCAUUUUCGUGUAAUUAAGUAAGAUAGUAUUUUUGCUCGAAUUGCAGAAGUUCUGCGACAAUCAUUGCUAAUUAUUUACUAGUAUAAAUAAUAAAAAUGUCCAGCUGGGCGCGACGUGCGGCAGAUAUUAGUAGUGUUGUCACUUCUUGUGGGCAUCCCGGCGCCUCUGCGCCAGAGUAUACUUAUAGAUUGGAGAAAGUUAAGUUUGGUGUACCACUUGAGGAAGUUUGUAAAAACAAUGAAAACAUUCCAGGACCACUCUUGGUUCUUAUACUUAAAUUAAAUAAAGAAUCACCAAAUAGAAGAGACGUUUUUCGUGCCCCUGGACACCAGGGAGCUAUGAAAAAGUUAAUACAUUUUCUGCAGUCGGGUCGUUUAGUGAAUGUCGACAACUAUUCAGUUUAUACGAUUGCAAGUGUGCUAAAGAAAUUUCUACGAAAAAUACCAAAUGGUAUCUUUGGGCGAACGGGUGAAAAAGAAUUAUUUGACAUUAUAGAGUUGGAGAAUGAGUCGGAGCAGACGGAUCGCUUGCAUAGAUUAUUUACAUCACUGCCGAAAUACACUCAACGUUUACUAGUUUUACUCUUUGGUACAUUCCGUGUUAUUGCCAGCAAUGCAACACAGGCCAGUACAGGCAUGACCAGCGAAGCCCUGGGAGUUUCAGUGGCACCAAGUUUCUUUCAAUCCUGCGUUAGUGAUGGGAAAACAGCACGUAUGGAAGAUGUGCUUAAAUUCAAGGUGGCUACAAAAAUUAUGAAGCAAAUAAUCGAUAAAUUUGCCACACAUGACUUAUUUGGACGUGAAAAUUAUGAAUACUAUGCGCGAGUUACUGGACGCAUACUCAAAGUACAGGACGAAUGGAUUUGUAGUUUUCAGUAUCCACCUCCACCACGUGGUAAAUUGGCACAGCAAAAGUAUGCACUACAACACUCCCUUGAGGCAGAAAAGACAUGGUUACAGUGCCAGUGCGAGCGGUGGGGUUUGCUCGCUCAGGAAGAAUCCCGCUCAACUCCUGCCUUGCUAACAAGCUCAAGCUCAGCUUUAGACAACAGUGUGCUUUCAUUGGGCGUAACACCAGAACAUUCGUUUAUUGAAUCAUGUGCUCGCCUAUCUGUCUCUUUAGAAGGACCAAGUCUGUUUGCGAUGACAUCAUCGCCCAUACCGAAGCGAAACAUACCAGAUUUGCAACGCGACACCGACAAUGAUGCUGACGUCGACGAGGACAACUUCGGCGACGAAGAUGCAGAUGCCAACGACGGCGGCGAAGUAGGAGACUUUGCCGCUGAACUCGAAAUAAAUAACGACGAAGAUUUCGAAAACAAUCCGAAAGCCAACUUUCCAUCACGCAUGGCCGUGCAAAGUGGCUUACAUAGAGCAGUAGCUGCCAGAGGCAAUAACCGCCAUGUAAUACAUAGCAACGCUGCCCUGAAUACCACUUACACUGUCAGUAUUGACAAUGACGAUGUUGUGGAUUCUAAUGAUGAUGAUGGCGAUGACGAAGUGACGGUUGUAAGACGUCGCUAUCGUCAAAAUAAAAAGAAAAUACUAACUCAAACUAGAAUGCAACAUCAGCGACGUUUGCGAGCCGGCUCUAAGAGCCUUGAUGGCGGCGAUCGCUCCUCACAAACGCCUCUGAAUAAUGAGACAAACGAAAAUAGAAACAAAAUGAAGAACAACAAAAUACAGAGCACCACGACAACACAAAUUAGCAGCGGAACUAGUGGUGGCAUUAAAGCAACUACACGUACUUGCAGUCGUUGUAAUCGCGGUAUACGUCACUCGUCCUCUUGUUCCUCAGCUUCUGGAGGAGGUGCUGGCAGCGUAGGAAAUGGCGGUGGUAUGACUAUGGAAGAAUUACGCGCUGUCAAUCGCUAUGCCGAGAGUACAAAGAGUCUUUCUUAUUUGCCACAGGUGAGGGAUGAAUUCUUGCUUGGUUCAAGGAUUUCGGUCCAUGAGCGCCAAACAGCACGCAUGCGCACUCGUUCAGAAUGGUUUUUGGGUCCUAGAGAUAGUGAAUUGGCAUUGAAUUUGCCAACCACAUGCAGCAACUGUUGUUUUUCUGCUGUUCAAAAGCAGCAGCUACAGUUACAGCAGCAGCAGCACCCACACUUUCAAACACAUGGCUAUCUUGGAGGCGGUAGCACACGCGACAUGCGCGCACAUUGUAGCGGAUUUGAUAACGACGAGGAUGACAAUGUACACAAUUUAAUAGUUAGCAAUAGUGGUGGCCAUAAUGCCAAUGCGCUCUAUUUGUAUUACAAGAAACGGCUGCAACAGCAACAAAGAAUGAAUACCAAUUCUCAACAGGUAAUGCAAACAGAGCAUAUGGAUACGGAUGACAGCUGUAAUGCUUAUGACUAUGGUCCACCAACAUAUCAAUGUAAGCAGCAUUUACAAGUUGAUACGUCCAACGUACACUCACAAUCAUCUGAGCUUCGCGUAAUGGAGCCAACAUCAUCGGCGUAUGCGAUUGCGUCUAAUAGCUCCGGCCGUCGCAUGUAUUUGGAUCCGAAUACGACAACAACAAAUAUCGGUAGCUAUGUUACCUCACAUAAAUCUUCUAACAAUUAUUAUUUGUAUGAUUCGAAUGAUACCACUAAUGCAUCUACUUUCACAACAAAUUCUAUUGCAACCACUUUUAAUUCUACUUCUACAACAACAACUACUACUUUAAGUUUGCAAACAAAUUCAAUUUCUACUUCUGCCAAAUUUUCUAUUGAUAUCAGUCACAACUACAACUACAAUACUAACAAUAACAGUGAAACUAUCUAUAUAGAGAAUGCUAACUGUAACAACAAUAAUAUAGAGAUUAAUAAUACUAACCAAACAUUGUUAGCAAGUAAUCUCCAACAUACCUACAAAUUGUCUAACACUAAAUAUUCACAUUCAGCUACAAAACCAGUGUCAACAAAUUAUGAACCUCAUCAACGCAAUCAUCAACACUUUAGCUCACAAAUCAGAAACAUUGAUUCGCCUUCAUACUUGUAUACACAUUCACAAUCACCGAAUCAUAUACGCCAACAUCAGGUAUAUAAACGUGGUUCAAAGCUGCCCAGUCACUACCAUUCGACCGAUUCCGUGCGAUACUGCGAUGUAGACUUAGAUGUGGAAAUAGUAACCGAACCGACUAUGCACACAUCUCGCCUAUUUUAUAGUCCGCGUAAGCAAGUAUUCUCUGCCAGACGUUGUAAUUCCACACACGAUCUUUAUAAAAUUAAGAGCGACGAUGUUGAGGUUAACAGCGAUCUCGAUCAUAAUUAUCUAACAUACUCGCUACCGAGCGACCAAAAUCGAGCAGAUUUCGAUACAGUUACAGAGCCAUCUAUACUCACGAAUCGUGUCGAGUCUUGCGAGGUAUACUCUGAUUCGUCGGAAUUUUUCAAUGCUAGUUUGCUGGAUAACUCCCUAGCGCCUGUUUCAACAACAAGCGAGAUGAUUGGUACGAGCGGCUUGCCACUGGCCGCUGCUGAAGAAGUCGAUUUUAUACACACGUCUCGCUAUAGACAGAGUACGCCACGCGUUCAACGCCGUCAGCAACAGCUGAGACGACAGCAAAGUUUGGCUUCCACAUCGACGCAAUAUCACUCGAUGAACUCGACAAAUGCUAGUAGUUUGUUGAUGACGACGGCGGACGGCGGAAACGGCAGUGACAGUGGCAAUGGCAGAAACACGCGCACUGACAGCGGCAACAAUUUCGUUACAGUCAUUUUUAAUGUAUUGGACUUUUUAUUUUAAUGCUAAAUUAAGUGAUUAAACUGCUCUACUCUUACCUUUUAGCGCUUAUUUUCCAUAUACAAGGCGAUUUUAUAUAUUUUACUCAAAUGUAAUGCAUUAUAUGUUGGUAUUAACGACAUUUUCGGUUGUAUUACUAGAUUACAGUUUAUAUACAUAUGUAAAUAUGUAUAUUGUGUACAUCUGUGUUAAUUUAUGUUUGUGUGUAAAAUAUUUA